AUGGAGGGUAUACCACAGUACCAGACGCUCCCGACACCAUGCUCGGCUUGCGGGAGGCGAAUGGGUGGCUCGCCUUUCUCCACUGUGCACAUUUCUAUCGGAGAGAUGGAAUCGUACCAUCAUCUCCUGAGUGUGUGCCGAGGGACGGAUUCAGCCACCAGAAGAAAUGAGAUUAUGCAACAGGAGAUCCGGCCCUUGUUGGCUGUUGACAUCAUAGAACAACUCCACAGACAGUUUGCCAUGCUCUCAGGAGGGCGAGGAAAAGAUGGAGCUCCUAUCAUCACCUUCCCAGAAUUCUCUGGCUUUAAUGACAUUUCUGAUGAAGAUUUUAUCAAUGUGGUGACAUACCUUACGAGCAUACCAAGUCUGGAUGCUGCCAGCAUUGGCUUCAUUAUUAUCAUAGAUCGUCGUCGGGACAAAUGGAGCGCAGUGAAGUCUUCGCUGGCGCGGAUUGCGGGGGCGUUUCCAGGGAAUCUGCAGCAGGUCCUGGUGCUGAGGCCCUCGCGUUUUAUCCAAAGAGCCAUCGCCGACAUCGGCAUCAGGUUACACCGCGAUGACUUUAAAAUGAAGAUUGUUAUGCUGAACUCCCUAUCUGACUUGCAUGGCUAUGUGGACAAAAGCCAGCUGACGUGUGAGCUAGGAGGAAGUUUGGAAUACAGUCACAGCCAAUGGAUCCAUCAUCGCACAGCUAUUGAAAACUUUGCUGUGACUGUGAAAUCAACGGGGCAAAUGCUGCAGAGAUUUGGCAGUGAACUGGCGGAAACUGAGCUGCCCAAUGAUGUGCAGUGCACAAAAGAUCUCCUCGUUUCCCACACAGAAAAACAUGAUAAGCUCAAAGAUGAACUUAAGUUAGCAAUGAAACAAGGAACAACAUUGCUUUCUUGCAUUAAAGACCAAGCGAGUAAAAGUGAGAGUCACAAACUAAACCCAGAUGAAACGGAAAAUCUCUCCACAGUCGAGAGGUUGUUGGCACAACUGGAUGAGACAGAAAAUGCUUUUGAGCAGUUCUGGUCCAAACAUCAUCUCAAGUUAGAGCACUGUCUACAGCUGAGGCAUUUUGAGCAAGAUUUCAGAGAGGUGAAAGUGUCUUUGGACAGUCUAAUGCAGACAUUAGCUGCUCUCUCUGACACUGGUGAUUGUGUCAUUCAUGUGGAACAGCUACUGAAGGAGUUGAAAACUCUGGAAGACACAGCUCAGGAAUCUUUGGAGAAGGCCCAGCUGCAUGCGUCGCAUGGCGAUCAACUGAUUCAGAGCAACCACUAUGCUGUGGAUUCCAUACGACCUAAGUGUGUGGAGCUUAGACGAAUCUGUGACGAUUUUAGCAAUGAAGCAAAGAAGAAAUACGACAUUCUGUCCAAGUCUCUGCAGAUACACAAAGUUAUGGACAAGGUUAACCAGUGGUGCGAGGCUGGUGUGUAUCUGUUGGCCUCCCAGGCUGUAGAUAAGUGCCAGUCUCAGGAAGGAGCAGAGGCAGCUUUGCAGGAUAUUGAGAAAUAUAUGAACACUGCUCUGGAGCAGGGACUCAAUGAGCUCAAAGAUCUUCACAACCAAUACAUGAUCGUCCUCUCUGAGCCCAUCAAGGUCAAUGUGCAGAGGACUUUGAAGAGGUUGGAGGAUGUUCAGGAAAUGUUUGAGAAGAGACACGCUAGUCUUAAGAAGCUCUCCGCUAAACAGACCAGGCCAGUUCAACCUGUUGCCCCUCGACCUGAAUCCUCCCCUAAACGCCCUUCACCUAAAACACCUCGCCCCCCGGGCCCAGCACCAAAUCGUAGAGCUUCUGAACACUCCAGUGCUGCCAAACAGGCCUCUGAAGCAGAACUUGCAAAGAAGAAGAAUAUUCGCAAAGCCAAGGGAGGGAUAAAAAUUGAAGUUGUGCAUGAGGCAAGUCAGGGAGGAUCAAGUCAUUUGCUGAUGACGAAUGAGUCUGAGGAGAAUUUGACCAACCGACGGAAACACAUUAUAAACGAACUGAUAGAAACAGAAAGACUAUAUGUUGAAGAGCUCCAAAGCAUCAUAGAGGGAUAUGCUGCAUCGCUGGACAACGCUGAACUAUCGCACCUCAUCCCAGCCGCACUAGAAAACAAGAAAGAUGUGCUCUUUGGAAACCUCGAGGAAAUCUAUGACUUCCACAACAGAACAUUUCUAAGAGAGUUAGAAAACUGCGUCGAAAAGCCGGAAUUAGUCGGGACGUGUUUCUUAAAGAGGAAAGAGGAGUUACAGGUUUAUGAGAAAUACUGUCAAAACAAGCCCCGCUCGGAAGCCCUGUGGAGACAGUGUGGAGAUUCGCUGUUCUUUCAGGAAUGUCAGAAAAGACUGGACCACAAACUUUCAUUGGAUGCUUACCUUCUCAAGCCUGUGCAAAGGAUCACCAAAUAUCAACUCAUGCUGAAGGAGAUGCUGAAAUGCAGUAAAAACUCGGAAGGAACUUCAGAGCUGGAGGAGGCCUUAGCAACCAUGCUGGAGAUUGUUAAGUCUGUGAACGACUCCAUGCACCAGAUAGCCAUCACUGGCUUUGAGGGUAACCUGAAUGACUUGGGCAAGCUGCUUAUGCAGGGGUCCUUUAACGUAUGGACAGACCAUAAGAAAGGUCACAACAAGGUCAAGGACCUGGCCCGCUUCAAACCCAUGCAAAGACACCUGUUUCUUUACAACAAAAUGCUUCUGUUCUGUAAGAAACGCGAGGAGACCUCGGACGGCCACGAAAAGUCCCCCUCUUACAGUUUCAAACACUCUUUAAAGAUGAGUGCUGUGGGAAUCACUGAGAACGUGAAAGGAGACAACAAGAAGUUCGAAGUUUGGUACAAUGGGAGAGAGGAAGUCUAUAUCAUUCAGGCUUCAUCCAUGGAUGUGAAGAACAUGUGGGUGUCUGAGAUACGCAAGGUGUUGACAGGACAGCUGGAGGCCUGCAGAGAGGCAAGUCAGCUCCAUCAAAGGAUCACAGAGAACAUCUACCAUGCCCCUAUGAGGAGUGGACGUAAGGCUCCCCUCAGGCAGUCUGACUCCUCCAGUCCAGAGACAGGCCUCAGACGUGGUGGAGACUCUGGUCCCUAUAUGAGACAGAGAAGAGCCGACGCUUCUGCCAGUAAUAACCCCGAUCGCUCCGCAGCUCAGGCCAGAAAACGCUUCACCUUACAAGGCCUCUCCAACCGCAGGUCUCUACCCUCAGAACCUGCACCUAAAGAAGCAGAAGUCCCGCGUCGUUUCUCUUUAGCUUCUUCUAUCGUUACCUCCUCUUCCAGUGCACGCACAAAAGGUCCUCUCUCUACUAGCUAUAAAAGCAAGAGACAUGAAAUUAAGAGUGAUCCCACACCGUUUGGCUAUGAAGAUACUUUACGAGGUGCACUGCCUGCUGACAGCAGAAACAAAGCUGCUUUAGGUACCAAGCCAGCUGUGCCUAGGUCCUCUUCUCAACCAGGUUGGACCCAGCGACAUCUGCCAUCAAUGGACACAGAAGAUUUUGAGACCAUUCCGUCCAGUGCUGAGGAGCUGUCCAAUUCUUCAGACGGGGAAGAAGACAACAACGCUAAAAAUGGGGAGCACGAUCGCUUUCAGGUGCAGCUGACGUAUGCGUCGCGGACGGCUCAGGACCUCUCUCUGGAGUCUGGAGAUUUAGUGCAGUUCCUGGAGGAGGCUGAGAAUGGGCACUGGCUAGUCAAGAAUGUAAUUACUCAGAGGACAGGGUUGGUUCCACCUAUUAUCCUUCAGUCAGCAGCAGGAGGAGCUGACAUUUACAGUGACACUGACGUCUUCAGUGACCUGUGUACCGCUGCCCUGACAGAUACAGAGGAGACAGACGACAGCGCUGAUAUGAAGCCCACCCCAGAGAACAGACUUGAAUGUUGAUCCUGAUGUG